AUGAAACUCAUAAUAUUUUUGUUACUUAUUGCGAGCUGUUACGCUGAUAUUAGUUUAAAUGCAGGCAUGAAGGAUUUUAGUACUGAACUUUUAAGUCACGCGCAAUUAGAAACAAGUGGAAAUAUUGUAAUAUCGCCUUUCGGUCUGUGGACUUUGCUGGCAGCCAUCGCAUCUGGUGCAAGUGGUAACAGUAGAACUGAAUUAGAAAAGGUUUUGCAACUAUCCAGCGAACAGAACAUAUUAUUAGACGAAUAUAAAAACAUAUCCGAGAUAAUACUCGAAUCACAUACUCAAGAUGUACAUAUUACAAGUAAAAAUUUUGUUUUCCUAAACAAGAGUUUUGAAGUAUUUGAGUCCUUCGAAACAACGCUGACUGAUUUUGAUGUACAAAUAAUAAGGCUUGAUUUUGAAAAUUAUGAAGCAGCAGCGGAACAUGCUAGCACUAUAAUAAAAGAGUUAGGUCCGACAGAAUUAGAUGUAUUUAUCAUGUCGAAGAUGAUUUUAACAAAUUUAAUAUCUUUUAAAGGACUUUGGCUAAUGCCUUUCAAUACUUCUGAUACAAAUGUUGAACCGUUUUAUGAUGAAAAUGGAAACCAAAUAGGUUCAGUGAAAAUGAUGUAUCAAAGAAGAGAACUGUUUUUUUCGAACCUACAGACUCUACAAGCCCAUGUAAUAGAACUUCCUUAUGGAAAUAACAACAUGUACUCUAUGCUUAUAGUAUUGCCCUACCCAAAAGUAAAACUAAGUGAAAUGUACAAGAAAUUCACAGAAGUAACAUUGCAAGAUAUAUUCGAAAAACUGGACAAUGACACGAAAGAAUUCGACUUACAAUUGGUCGAUUUGAGAUUGCCUCGAUUCGAAAUUAGUACUAACAUAGUUUUGAAUAAGUCAUUAAAUAAAAUAGGUAUUUAUAGCAUAUUUAAUCAAAAGACAGCUAACUUGGAGAAAAUAACUACAGAAAAAAUAUACAUGUCAACUAUAGUUCAGAAAGCUAGAAUUGAAGUAACCGAAGCUGGUACGAAGACAUCUGCUGAUACGACGGCUAACAUUACCAAUCAUAUAGGCACAUUUUAUUUUACUGCUAAUCGCCCAUUCGCUUAUUUUAUUGUCGAAAAGACUACAAAAACCGUACUAUUUAAUGGGAUCUACUCAGAACCAAUCUUGUUU